AUGGCAGCAACCACACACGCCAUUUUAACCCUCUUACUCGGCCUCGUUGUCACGGGCGCCGCUGCAGUCGAGUUCUUCGACUACAGCGCCGCCCUCGAUAAAACCUUGCUCUUCUUGGAGGCGCAAAGAUCCGGUAAAUUGCCUCCAACCCAACGCGUAAAAUGGCGUGGUAAUUCUGGCCUUGGCGACGGUUAUUCUCAAGGGGUGAAUUUGGUGGGAGGAUACUAUGAUGCCGGAGACCACGUAAAAUUUGGUCUACCAAUGGCGUAUAGUGUGACAAUGUUGUCAUGGGCAGCUAUUGAUUUUAAGGAAGAUUUCAUUAAAUUAAAUCAAAUGGGACAUGUUUUGGAGGCAAUCAAAUGGGGAACUGAUUAUUUCAUAAAAUGCCACCCUCAACAAAAUGUGCUAUGGGGGCAGGUUGGAGAUGGAGUGUCGGAUCACUAUUGCUGGCAACGGGCGGAGGACAUGACGACGUCCCGGACUGCAUACAAGCUGGACGCCGAGCAUCCCGGGUCCGACCUAGCUGGAGAAACCGCAGCCGCCUUGGCUGCUGCCUCUCUAGCUUUCAAGCCUUAUGAUUCUACAUAUUCAAGUCUUCUUUUAGUACAUGCAAAACAGAUUUUCUCAUUUGCAGACAGAUUUAGAGGCUUGUUUAGUGAUUCAAUUGGAAACUCUAAGCAAUUCUAUACAUCAUCUGGUUACUAUGAUGAACUGUUAUGGGGUGCAACAUGGCUACACAGAUCUACAAACGAUGAAUAUUACUUGAAAUAUGUUGUUGACAACUGCGCCGCCUUUGGAGGAACCGGCUGGGCCGUCAAAGAAUUCUCGUGGGACAACAAGUAUGCCGGAGUUCAAAUCCUACUCACAAAGAUGCUUCUGGAAGGCCGUGCUGGAAGCUACGCCUCCACGCUGCAGCAGUAUCAGGCUAAAGCCGACUACUUCACCUGCGCGUGCAUGCAAAAGAACGAUGGAUACAACGUGAAGUUGACUCCCGGUGGCCUUAUCUAUGUACGUGAGUGGAACAACUUGCAGUACUCUGCCUCGGCUUCUUUCCUCCUCACUGUCUACUCCGACUACCUCACCAAAGCCAAGAAGUCCGUGCAAUGCCCAGAUGGCCUAAUCCAGCCUCAACAAAUCCUCAACUUUGCCAAAUCACAAGCUGACUACAUUCUUGGCAAAAACCCCAAGUCCUUGAGCUACUUGGUGGGCUAUGGCCAGAGCUAUCCAAUCCAUGUCCACCACAGGGGCGCCUCCAUUGCUCCUGUCUCUCUCCUACACGCAUCUGUUGGAUGUGUGGAGGGGUUUGAGACUUGGUACAAGCGCAGCGAGGCCAACCCCAAUGUAAUCCACGGAGCUCUUGUGGGAGGGCCUAAUGCCAAUGAUGAGUUCACGGAUGACAGAUCUGUUUACGACCAGACUGAGCCUACAUUAUCUGGAACUGCCCCUCUUGUUGGAGUUUUCACAAGACUGCACACUCUCUCUUCCAGUCCUUACCACAAACCACAAGGCCCUCCAUCUCAACACUAUGCACCAGUUCCCCAACCCAAAGCAGCUCCAGCUGUCCCAGUUGAGUUUCUCCACUCCAUAACUAACUCGUGGAUGGUUGGGACGGAGAAGUAUUACCGUCACAAAGUGGUGGUGAAGAACAUCUCAGAGAAGCCUAUAGGGGGGCUGAAGCUGCAGUUUGAGGGCCUGACAGGAUCACUGUGGGGGCUCAAUCCAACACAGGCUAAGAAUACUUAUGAGCUUCCACAAUGGAUUCAAACACUACAGCCUAAUUCGGAGUGCGCUUUCGUCUACAUUCAAGGGGGAGCUCAAGCCAAAAUUUCGGUUCUAAGCUACAACUAAUCAAUCAAGAAAGGAAAAAAAUUGAAUUUUGUAUAGUAUUUUUCUUGAGGAUUUGAAUGUAUUAGAAUGGAAAGUGGCUGCUGCUGUUUUUUUCUUUUCUAUGUCAAUGGAGUAUUAGUUUUCCAACACUA